CGAUAAACAACCACCGUCUCAUCUUGCGGAGAGGCAGACCUGGAGGAACAGCGCAACACUGAUAAGCUCACCUUCUGUCCGGUUUUCUGGCAGCUUUUUUUGUUCUGACCACUGCACAGAGCAUUGGGAAGGCGCUCCUUAGGAUCGAUCGGUGGAAGGGUCUUCGCGUCUUCAGCACAAUGCUGCCUCCCGCCGACCAAGGCGUACUGCCCGCCAACCCAGACUUUGCCAAAGUCUACCGCAGGCUCACAGGGUCACUGCUCAACUCUGACGCCUCAUCGCGAGACCACACACAGGAUGACAAGCGUGCAGCUGUCCGCGAGGAGCUCAAGGCUCACCGCAUCGAGGUCAUCAAGCAUCAGAUCCUCAAGCAGGCCAUUGCCCAGGCGGUGCCACAACAAGACAAGCCUUCAUCAUCGUCACUACAACAACAACCAACAGCCAUACCGUCAUCACGGGCCAACCGCUCAAGCCACCAGACAGCAAGAGUGAGGCUCACAUCUUCAGAAAACUCUCCGUCAAUGCCCCAGGACUUGGUGGACCUCCUGACCCUCCUGCCACCGUUCCUCUCCACCGCUCCUUCUCUCCCAGCACACUCCCUCGCCACGCUCCUCUCCAACCCGCCCUUCACCCACCUCCAGCCAUACUUCCCCCAGAUCACAGCCCUCCUGUCCGCCAACCUCUCCAAGCAGGCCAGCACCCUCGCGAAAGCAGUGUACCCGACGACAAACCCCUCCUUCAUCCACAGGCACAUCCCCUCGCUCGCCAUCACCGCCGAGACCCUGACGUCCACCCUGGCCGACGGCAAGCGGCAGCUCUCCCACCUGCGCAUCUCGACGGCACACCUGCUCGCUGAGUCGUACCUGGCCCAGCACCUGCAAGGAAUCACCUUUCUGAUCGGGCUCCUAGAGGCGAAACACGGCGCCGUCUCCUCAAUAGCGGCGGCAGAGCAAGGCGGGGCAGUAGCAGCAGCAGGACAACCACAACAACCACAGACACAAGUCCUGCACGCCCAAGCCACCGCCCUCGAGGCGCAGCACUGGUCCCUCGCGUCGCGGGCCCUGCUCGCCCACGCCGUCGACGUGGUGUACCCGGCCGACGCGCGCGUCGCGCUGGCAAACUACAAGCGGCACCUGGCGGGCGCGCGGAUGCGCGUGCUCGACGCGUCGGUGGUGAAGGAGGCUGAGCUGCGGGACUAUGGCGUGAUGUUGGGCGGCGGCGGGGCUUACAACGAUGACGAGGAUGGGCUUUCGGGUGGUGGUGGUGGUGGCGGCGGAAUGAGGGGGAACAGGAAGAGAGACAGCAUUGCAGGAGGAGGAGGAGGAGGUGACGAGACCAAGGAGAGGACCAUGCGCGAGAUUGCUCGGGUGUAUCGCGAGAUAGAGGGCCGGAUGCGUGAGGUGCGUCGGGAUCUCAAGAGGUUGGGCAGGAUAUGAUGAUGAUGAUGAUGAUGAUGAUGAUGAUGAUGGGCGCGGCUUUGGUUCAAACAUUGGAUUUGCCAUCCAUC